CUUCUAGGUUUAUUGGAUCUUGAACUGGGUUUUGUCUUUUCUUGCGGUCAAUAGCUUGGCUUGUUUGUAUCGGUUGGGGCUGUAGAGAAGGAAGAGCGCGGUUUCAGUUCAUGGGUAUGACUUUAACGAGCUUGGGAUGCGGUGUUGGAGACUGCUCCAUUAAGGUUUUUCGCACGUACCCAUUUACUGAUUUGGUUUGUUCUGAAAUUGGUUGUUGUUCAAUUUUGUUUUCCUGAUGUCUGAUUGUAUAUGAAUGCCAACAAUUUUGUCUGUUAUACUUCGAAGGAGAGAACGAUGAUACUGUGAUUUUGGGGGUUGAAAUUGCUUUGUGCUCUGUAUGUUGUUUGUUCUAUGGGUAAUUACAAGAAACCCCGUUUGAAAGAUGCAGCUCUUAGUCGCUUAAUCUCUUUGGUUUUAGUCACUUUGCUAGCUGUUCUGCUGUUGGUUUGUUCAUUAAGAACAUCGCCUGAGAUAGCUUUGAAUGAUUUUGAUGAUGAAUGGAAUGAAAGUUAUAAUUCUUCAGAACUUGAAAAAUCUGGUCUUCCCUUGCAGAAUGAGCUUUCAAUCAAAUUGGAAAGGCAAAAUAGGUUGCCACCGAGAAAUUUAGAUCUAUAUCCUAAUUUAGCAAAGGAUCAUAUAACCAUUGUUUUGUAUGUGCACAAUAGGCCUCAGUACCUCCAGGUGGUUGUUCAGACAUUGUCACAAGUAGUAGGCAUUAGUGAGACUCUACUCAUCGUUAGUCAUGAUGGAUUCUUUGAGGAAAUGAAUAAGAUCGUGGAAGGUAUCAAAUUUUGUCAAGUGAAACAAAUUUUUGCUCCUUAUUCACCCCAUGUUUUUUCCGAGUCCAACAGUUUUCCUGGUGUAUCAUCAAAUGACUGCGAGGGCAAGGAUGAUGCAGCAAAAAAGCCUUGCUCAGGGAAUCCUGAUCAAUAUGGAAACCACCGAUCUCCAAAAAUAGUGUCCCUGAAACAUCAUUGGUGGUGGAUGAUGAACACAGUGUGGGAUGGGCUGGAGGAGACAAGGGAGCACUCCAGACAUAUUCUUUUUAUAGAAGAGGAUCACUUCAUUUUUCCCAAUGCAUAUCGCAACCUCCAGAUUCUUGUCUCAUUGAAGUCUAAGAAAUGUCCUGAUUGCUAUGCUGCAAAUUUAGCUCCUUGUGAUGUGAAUUCAAGAGGAGAAGGAUGGAAUAGUUUGGUUGCAGAGAGAAUGGGCAAUGUGGGUUAUUCUUUUAACCGAACUAUUUGGAGAAAGAUCCACAAGAAGGCAAAAGAAUUUUGUUUCUUUGAUGAUUACAACUGGGAUAUAACAAUGUGGGCAACUGUUUAUCCUUCAUUUGGUAGUCCAGUUUACACAUUGCGGGGUCCUAGGACUAGUGCUGUUCACUUUGGGAAGUGUGGUUUGCAUCAGGGCCAAGGGCAGAGCGGUGCUUGCAUGGAUAAUGGGUUAGUAAAUAUCCAAGUACAAGACAUUGAUAAGGUUCCUACUAUAAGAUCAGAGUGGGAUGUGCAUGUUUACGAGCAUCAGCCAGGGUAUAAAGCUGGAUUCAAAGGUUGGGGAGGCUGGGGAGAUAACCGAGAUCGUCAGUUGUGCUUAAAUUUUGCUCGAAUGUAUCAUUUGUUUAACGUAUCUCCUUCACCGUGAAAAGUGGAGUCUUCUGCAUUUAGUUAUGAUGUCAUCAAUAGAUGUGUUGUAUUUGUCACAUUGUGCAACUCGAGUCUUGAUAUUAGUUUUCCAAAUUUAGCCUAAAAGAAACAGAUUUCUUAUCGAGCAAAGUGGAGUCUUCUGCAUUUGUAUUUGUAUUGAGACACGUAUACGAGCUGGUCAUGUAUGCAAACAAAUAUUUCUCCUUUGUAGAAUUGCAAAUAAUUGUGUGCUCUUGUC